AUGCCCUCUUCUAGUGUUCGUCCCAUCCAUACAAAAUUAAAUAAGAUUAACAAUGAAGAUGAUAAACCGAAGCACAGUGGUAAAAGGAAGGCAAAGGCUGCUCCUUCAGAAAGUGUCAAAGUUACAAAGAAAACAAAGAAGCCAGUUCCGAAACUGAGGUCGCCCUCUCCAGUGCUUCAAGAAGAGUCUAAAGAGAGAACUGUCACAGAAGUUCAGGAGGACAACACUCUUAGAAGCGAUGAGGAAGAUACGGCUCAUUCAGAACCAGCCACUAUCGAAACACUUCUGAAGGUAUCUUCUCAUCCUUCCUCCUCACUUACUGAAUCUGAUAUCUUUGAUAAUAUCAUGAAUGAACCAUUUUUGAACCUGGCCAUACCACUUCCUCCACCUCCAUUCAAUCUACCCUCAUCACAAAUGACAUCCUCACCCAUCACCUCCUCAAUUCUAAUGUCCUCCACCCUCCUUUACCACAAACGACCUUCCACUUCUAUUCCUCCUUUUGAUGAUGAUGUUGAAAUCCUGUUUGGAGAUGAUCACGAACCAAUUAUCGACUUCAUUUUCCAUCCAUUUACUAUCAACAUCAACAAUGAUGAUGAUGAGGCACAAAUGACCAAAGCUCGGUUCAAGCAACUAAAUGAAAAGCUUGAUUCGGUUUUGAAGUAUUCACAUGCCUUCUCUUCCACCAAAUGGGAAAAUUUGUUGAUGACUCAUAGAGCAAUGGUGGAAAUGAUUACAUCCUCAAUUGCCAAUGUUCUUGAAGAAACAACAAAAGCUAAUCAAGCUUCCAAACAAAAAAUCAUAGAAACUACAGAAAAGAUCCAAGGUGUUUCAGGAUGCGGGGAAUCUUUGAAACAAGGGGGAGAAGAAGAGGAAAACUUGAAAAAUGAGUUUGGUCUGAAGGAUAAUGAAGCUUCUGGAUCCGGAAAAGACAAAGGAAAUAUUGUUUCUAAAGAGGAUUUUGAAGAAAAUCCAAAAAUGAUUGAGUCGAAAAUAGCAGCAAGAGAGAAAAGGGAUAAAGAGCUUGACCAACUCAAUACCCUCAAGCAACAACUUGAUGCCGAAGAAGUUGAAGUCAAAAUUUGA